UCAGGUUUUCAACCAAUUACCGUCACUCGUUCAAAAAAUCCGAACUAUAUUGCUCGACUUGAAAAGUAUUGCUCUCAUUUAUUACAAGAAGAAAACAAAGCACAAGUAUGUUGCACUCAACUACAGUUAGAAGGAAUGACGAAACGACUCUCCUACGCUACCGGUAUCCUUGGUUCUUGUCCUAGUUGUUUCGAUAAUUUUGCCAAACUUUGGUGUCAAUUCACAUGCUCCCCGGAUCAAUCUAGAUUUAUGAAAGUUCUUGAAACAUCUGGUGGCGCUAAAGGAGUUGUUGAGAAAAUCGAAUUCAAAGUUAAUCGAGAUUUCGCUGAAGGAUACACAUCGUGUAAAAAUACAUGGGCCAGUCAGAACCUCGCUUUGAGUUUUUUGUCUUUGGGUUCAAAGGUUUCUUAUGAGAACUUUUAUGGAUUCAUGGGAAGAAAAGACCCAUCAGUAAAUAUCCCGAUGCAUACCAAUUUCGAGUUCACCAGAGAUAAGAAAGCAAUGAACAUCCCAACAACGCCUUGCCACAAACCAGCCAAUCCUCAGACACCCGCUUGUGGCAUAAUCGAUUGUCCACUGGAAUCUUAUCAACUCUUGGACCUCAGUGGAAUGGAAACUGUGGGGGUUCGAGUAUUCGAACAUCAAAUAAAGUAUUUUGAGUGGUUCCUCCGGCUGUGUGGAUGCUUUACUCUCACGAUGAUUCUCAUUUUUGCUCUCAAGUAUUCCUGUCAUCGUAGCCCUACAGCUUCUGAAAAUUGCUAUGUUGAUUUUGGACCGGGAAGCUUGGAAGUUCAAUUUGAACAUUUAUGUGUUCAAUAUGCUCAAGUAGUCAUCCAUCAACCCCUGAAAUGCGUUUUCUUAGGAUUAUUUGUGGCUUCGCUAUGUUGCCUUGGAAACGUUUGGUUCCACAGUUUGACUCAUUCGAUCGAUCAGGUCUCUGCAGCAGAUGGAGAAACAAGAAGACAUCAGAAGACUUUCAUUGAAACUUUUGGACCGACUCAUCGCAUUGAGCAAGUCUUCAUGACCUUUUCACCAUCCAUGCCUGAGAACUUUCUGAAUCAAGAUGACACAAACUUUUUCGAUGAAAUGUUCCAGCUAAUAAAUCGUAUACAAAACUUGACGGUUUUCCAAGGAGUCUCCAAAUUUACUCUGGAUGACAUCUGUUACAGACCUUUAGGAAAAACAAAAGGAUGUGCUAUCAUGAGUCCGACGAACUAUUUUCAGAACAAUUGGAAUACAUUUGUUAAUGUUGAAGAUAAUGAAGAGGAUUUCGAUUAUAAUGAGCAUAAUCCUUUUACACAUCUAAAGCAUUGUAUAUUCCAUCCGUUUACUGUUAAAACACCUACUGGAUUGUCGUGUUUUGGGGAGUUCGGAGGUCCAAUUGACCCUGCUCUCGUUUUUGCAGGAUGGAACAAAAAUUGGCAUGGUACGGAGAAGUACACCAAGUCUCGAACCUUCAUGAUUACGAUACUUCUGUCUGGAAAGAAUGAAGAAAAGGCAGUUUCAUGGGAAGCGGAAUUCAUUAAAAUGAUGUCUGCAUACGAGAUGAAGAAUGCUAGUUUCACAUUUAUGACAGAGUCUUCUGUGGCGCAUGAGCUUCAAGCAGCUGUAGAGACUGACAAGUUGGUCUCUGUUUUAGCUUGUGCUUCAGUUCUUUUAUGGAUCAACGCAAUGAUUGGAAUCUAUCACUGGCCUGAAUCUUCUCUGCUGUCUGCUUUCAUUCAUCAGAAACUUUUGAUUUCAACGUCAAGUGUUUUUAUCAGUGUGAUAAGUGUUUGGUGCUCUAUUGGAAUCUACUCAUUUGGAGGUCAGCACGCUACUGAUAAUGCAAUCGUAGUUCUGUUCUUUGUGAUAACUCUAAUUGGGAUAAGUAGAAUCUUUCUCACCAUCCGAACAUUCCAAUCUAAUGGACACUGCUACGGCCAUCCAGAUAUAACGGAUCGUGAAAUGAACAGUAGGAUUACUGACACUAUGAGGAGAUGUAUCCCAAUCGUUCUGACCAAUUCUCUUAUCUGCUCCACUUGCUUCUUCCUUGCUGGAGGAGUUCUUCCUUACAUUUCAGUUAGCAUGCCAGCUGUUGAAGUAUUCUCAAGACAUGCUGGAUUGGCUAUUCUUAUUGAUACAGCAUUUUAUCUUUUGGUGGUUCUUCCAUUGUUCCAAUAUGAUGCCAGACGAGAAAUGAACGGAAGAUGCGAGAUUUGGCCAUGGUAUCAACUAUCAGCAGACACAAGAAUUCGUCUUUCAGAAGACGCUGUUGGUGGAACACUCCGCAGUCCUGUCGAUUGGUUUAAAAUUGCCAUCGCGCCAUUGAUUCUGAACAAAUUAUGUCGUAUCGUGAUUCUCAUAUUCUUCUCCAUCACAUUUGUUUCGUCAAUUUACUGGUCUCGAAAACUAGAGUUUGGUUUUGAUCAAACCAUGGCUUUUUCAAAGACAAGUUAUUUGACAAAACACUUCCAAAAUAUGAAUAAGAAUUUGAAUGUGGGGCCACCAGUUUGGUUUGUAAUAGAAGGAGACAUCAACUGGUUCGAUCCAAAAAUACAGAAAAAGUUUUGCACGGUUGCUGGAUGUGAUGAAAAUUCAAUGGGUAACACGAUCCGCUCGCUGGCGUAUGCUGAAAACUACAGUGGAAACUUUUUACGAGGAGAUGUAAACAUCUGGAUUGAUUCAUUUCUCCAGUUCAUGCAUCCUCGUGGAACUUGCUGCAAAACGAAUGGACAAGAAUUCUGUGAUCCAUCUAAUGCCACCCAUUGCUCAUCAUGCUCCGCCAAUACCUCUCCGCUUCAUGCAGAAUCCGAAUUCUACCGGUAUCUCGGCAAUUUCCUGAACACACCACCCACAAUUCACUGUGCUCAUGGUGGAUUUGCUCUUGCUAAACCAGCAAUCAAUAUGACAAAAAAUGGCAAAAUUCAAUCCAGCUACUUCUCCACCUUCUUCAGAAAAUUGAACAUUUCUGACUCGAAUGAGCUUUAUGAUGCGUGGAGAUUCGCAAAGUACGUUGCUGAGAAAGUUGAGAAACAGCUGCAAUUGCAAGGAGUCCGUGUAUUCGUCUACAGUACUUUCUUCCCAUACUAUGAGCAGUACGAUUCAUUGACGACCACAGUCAUUACACUUGUCGUCGUAAUCCUCUUCGUUGAUUUGGUUACAAUUUCUCUAUUUCUGAGAGUCCAUUUGGCUGGAAGUCUUGUCAGUGUUUUCGUUCUAUUUUCUUCUUAUAUUCACUUAAUGGGAUAUAUGUAUUUACAAGGAAUCAGUAUGAAUGUCGUUGCUGCGAUCAACAUGACUAUGUCUCUUGGAAUAGCUGUCGAGUUCUUCGGUCAAAUACUUCAUGGAUUUUACAAUUCGAAGAAAUUGAAAAGUGAGGAGAGAGCAGUAGCGGCGUUGGUCAAUAAUGGAGCUACUACUCUUUCUGGAAUCUUCCCAGCUAUUAUGCUUACUGCCGGUUGUCUCUUGUUUGCUGAUUCUCGUGUUCUGAUUACAUAUUUCUGUAUCCAAUUGUUUGGAAUUGCAUUCGUUUGUAUCUUACAUGGCGUUGUGUAUAUGCCUACACUUCUUGCCAUAUUUGGUUCGGAUUUCUAUGAGAACGUCAAUAGUGAAGAGGAAUCAUCAUCUGAAGGGAGUGGAAGAGAUGAAACCCAAAGAAGCUCGUCGAGCACUUCGGAAACAGCU